AUUCCAGCAAUGAGGGUUGCCGAUAAUGAAGAGUAAUCGAUACAACAUUCUAAGGCUUCUCAAUUUUCCCCAUAUAUGCCUAUUUGUCUUCUAGCAACCUUGCUGAUGGGGUAUGGUAGCGACAGUGGCUGAGUGACCGACCCUUGGAAGUUUUCUCGAAUCAUGUGCAGAGGGCUUCGACGUCAGCAAGCUAUUUAGUAUGCCUACCUUUUCGAGGACUUCCAUUGGUAGGCCACCUGCAGCGAGGCAUCCGCUACGUGGCGAGGUAACCCCGACCUGUGAGAUUUAUACACUAUAAUGAUUAUGUUGCGAUAUGCAACCCGUCCACAGCCUCCAAGCAUGUCACGAUACCUACCCAAGUUAGGGAAUUAAACUUAAGCAUCUGUCGCUCACACUGAGCUGUAGAGUUCGAAAUACCUCUAACUGCCUUUUAUGCAGUGAUUCGGUCUAAAAACACCUCUGUGGCAAGGGUGAAUUCAAAUCGCUCCUUUGAAUGACUUCGAGGUGCUUGGUGGCACCCGAUUGAGAAAUCCGGGGAUGGAUCCUGUGUCCGCCUUUGGCGUAGCCGGAACAAUUGUUCAAUUUAUCGGAUUCGCGACAAGCCUAGUCUCUAACUCUUCUGAGAUUCUCGAAUCGGCAAAUAAUCUUACGAAGGACCUCGACAAUAUUGACACGGUUUACGGUACUUUACACAACCUCAGUGUAGAGCUAGAGACCGCUUACAGGUUCUGUCACGACAAAAUAAAAGGAGAGCUCCUGCAACUUCUAUUAACAUGCCAAGCCGAUUGCGCAGAGUUGUUAAAUAUUACAAAGAAGUUGAAAAGCCAGGAUGAGGGAAAAUCCAGAUAUGGAUCCUUGCGUACGGCGAUAGGAGUAAUGUGGAAAGGAUCCAAGGUUCGACAACUUGAUGAGCGAUUACAGAGGACCCAAAUGACUUUGGUUUUGAUCGUCUGUUCUAUAUUAAGCGAUUUUCAAAAACAACAAAAUCAGGGGAUCUUGAGGCUUCAAAGAGACGGCGAGCGACACCAACUAAACCAAGAACGGCAAUUUAUCGAGCUUAGACGAAUCAUGAAUUCCAUCGAUUCACGAGUGGCUGACAUUCGUCGUCCCGAUAAAUCAAUGAGAACUGUGCAUCUAGAUGAUAUAUCCGUGCUCGCAGAACAUAUGCAAAAUCUGUGCAUGACUGCAAACAACAUUCAAAACCAGCAGAAUAUCAUAGACAGCCUAAGCUUUGAAUCCCGACCCGUACGACAUGAAGCUAUCCGAGAGGCCCAUAGUGGAACCUUCAGGUGGGCUUUCACUUCAGAAGAUGAGGGUUUGGAUGGUGCCAAGAGACUCUUGACUUGGCUGAAAAGCGGCAAAGGCAUUUUUUGGGUCUCGGGUCGACCAGGCUCUGGCAAAUCAACUUUCAUGAAGUACGUAGCAGAUAGCCAGGAAACCCGAUCUGCGUUGCAACAUUGGUCGAGUCCAUACCAAGUCGUGAUAUCUAGUCACUACUUCUGGAUUUUUGGUACGUUGAUGCAAAAGUCGCGAGAAGGCCUCCUGCGAACACUUCUCUACGAAAUAUUCCGACAAUGUCCUUCAUUGCUCGAGGCUUGCAGUUCUAGAUGGUCGUCAGAAUUGUCUAGCUCGGAGUCGAAAACAUGGCCAUUGAGUGAGCUACGUGAGGUUUUACAUUCAAUCGCGUAUCAGGAGAAACUCGAUGCGAAAAUCUGUUUCUUUAUCGAUGGGCUUGACGAAUUCGAUGGGGACCAUCUCGAGAUUUCCGAGGAUCUUACCAGGCUUUCGCAGUCAGACAACAUCAAAAUAUGUGUAUCAAGCCGAUCUUGGAACGUUUUUGACGAUGUUUUCGGGCAGAAUAUAUCGCAAAUGCUCUAUAUUCACGAGCUCACGAGAGCUGACAUCCAGAAAUAUGUCCAUGAUCGCCUCACGUCGCAUCCUCGGUGGAAUUAUUUAAUUUCUUGGACGGAAAACGCUGGGGAGCUGAUAGAGGACGUAACAGCCAAAUCAUGUGGCGUGUUUCUUUGGGUAUAUCUUGUAACAAAUCUACUCAGAAAUGGAUUGACAAAUGACGACACAUUAUCGGAUCUAUCAAGAAGGCUAGCCAGCUUCCCAUCGGAUUUGGAGAGCUUCUUCGAUCAUAUAAUGCACACCGUUGAUCCUUUCUAUCACGAAAAGAUGGCAGGUAUGCUACGCAUCGCGAAAAAGUCAACUGAACCGUUGGACGUGAUGUUCUACGAAUUUCAUGACAGAGAGUAUGAUGAUCAAGAUUAUGCCCUCCGAAUUGCCCCACACUACUUUACAACAAGCCAGCACCAGAAUAUCAUAGCUCGGACCCAGCGUCGCAUUAACGCGUAUUGCAAGGGGCUUCUAGAGGUUCAUGAAAGUCGUGUCGAAUUCCUGCACCGUACGGUGGCUGAUUUCCUGAACAAUAGCGACAUAUCAGAUAAGCUGAUCGCAAAAAGUGCCCCAUGGUUUCAACUCGAUCUCUCAUACGCACGAGCGCAUCUAGCUUUUGUUAAGACUUCAGGACCCUCUCUGCCCGAGCGCCGAAACCCAGGUCGCUAUUCCAACACGACACUGAACAGCCAUGUGCUCUCGGUAAUGGUCUAUGUCUCUUCACUCAACAGAGAAAAUGCUGUUUCGACAGACACGAUUCAAUCUCUGUUGGAUGAAAUGGAAGCAUCAUUAUGUUGUAAACUUGCUGCAACGGCCACAGAAAACGGCGAAUGUAUGAGCGGGCGUGCGCGGCUCUACUUUCGUGAGUUCUUAGUUCAAUAUGAGUUCCCAGAUUACCUAGAAACGGCACUUUCGAGGGAUCCUAACUACUUUGACGACUUUGAUUGUCCACCUUUAUCUGUUUUGAUGAGCAAUGGAUGCCCUAGCAAGAAUUUGAGGACAUUCCAACUCUUAUUGGAGCAUGGGCAAAACCCGAAUCAAGAGUACAAAAACUAUACGUCCACACACCGCAUCCAUAAACAGACUCCUUGGAGCUUAUUUAUCCCCAUCUUGAUUCAUAAGACCCCUUUCACACUGGCUUCAUAUCUGCGGGAAUAUUUUCAGCCUUGCCUCCAAGCAGGGAUGUUCGAACUAUUCCUUCAUUAUGGAGCAGAUCCCAAUGCUCAAGUGUACCACCACGGAAUAGGGGAAAAAACAACGGCAUGGAUUGACUUCCUUUUCGCAUGCUUCAAGAUACGUGAAUCUGACGAGACAGCUUAUUUAAGGGUAUUAAAAGAGUUUCUUUAUAAUGCUUCCAUAGAAAAGCUAGCCCCGCAUUUGAACGAACUCCUCGAUAUUACAUACGACAGGCCUGCCUGCGAGAACAUCUUGAAACACUUCUUAGAUUCAGUUCGUCCUCCCGGCCGACCUAAAAAAUUCAUAGUGCAGGUCUUCGAGCAACUUGUGCGAAAGGCUCGGAGCGCCGGGUGGUGUAUAGACGCCAUAUGGCCCGAAGUUCGGAAGUCUCUUGGAGAGCGCAAUCUUUUGCUUCUAGCGAAGAUAUAUGAUACCGGUGAUUAAGCUUACAGGCUUUUACGUUAACGGAGGAAAAUUCGCCCUCUGGGCUCAGCUUCGUAGCAGCUACCAAAUCCAUCAUCUAUGUACACGGCCCGGCCGCUAGCAGAC